UAUCAUUAUAAUAUUUUUUGACAAAAAAAAUUAUCAUUAUUCCUUUACUUCACUAACCACCACUCCCCCUUAAACAAAGGAGCUAAUUGAAGAAACCUUCUUUAAAAAGCUUCUCCUCUCUCCCUCAACACCUCUUCUUCUUCUUCUUCUACUUUCAUAGCUCUUUUCUCAAACUCUCAUAUAUGUUCAUGGAGGUAGACUCAGCAAACUGUGAAUGCUGUGGAUUGAGAGAAGAAUGUACUCAGGAGUACAUUAGCCAGGUGAAGGCUAACUUCGAGGGCAAAUGGCUUUGCGGGCUCUGCUCGGAGGCCGUAAGAGAAGAGAUGAAGAAGGGUUGGAAGAAAGGAAAUGGAAAGACUGAAGAUGCUCUGAAAGCUCACAUGUCAUUCUGUAACAAGUUCAAAUCCAACCCUGCAGUUCUAGUAGCGGAUGGGAUAAGGCAAAUGUUGAGGAGGAGGUCGGGUGAUCUCUCUACUUCGACGGCGGCGGCGGUCAAAGUUUCGCCGGUGUUGAAGACGAAGAAGAAGUAGAGGAGAGCUAAGGCUUCCUUUGGAGUGGCUUCCCGGUUCCUUUGUGUUGGACGGAAAUUAAGGCGGCAAACCGCGACUUGCGGUUUGCUUAAGCUUCAUUUCUCUAGCGUCGGCCGAUGCUGGUUCGCAAAAUUAGAAUUUUUUCGUCGUUGUAAAAUGUUGAUGCCGACCUCCAUCCUGCCAACAUGACUUUUAAGGGAACGGCGAAGCUCCUUCAAAUGUGGCCUAAGACUCUUAAAAAUAAAAGGUUGUUUAGGUUUGGAAUAAUGAAGUUAGUUUUUGAAUGCUUUCCAUGCUUUAGCUUCUCUUUUUCUUUUAAGGAAAACUUUGGCUGGGGAUGUUGUGAUGAACUUUUGACCAACAUAGAUUGCAAAAUUAUUGAAUUUGAUGGGAGUUAAAUGC